ACGCUACCCUCGGCGAAUCGGCCUUCUCCCCUGCAAAGUGCAGAACCGACCUUCCGUUUCCUUCCGUCUACGAACACCCAAAAUUCCGUUAAUUAACAGGCCGUUAAUCGUCCGUUAUUUUUCCAUCGGGAAUUCCCCAAGUGCGGGAAGAAGCUAUGCGCCAGAAAUGUGGAAGGAGGUGGGCCAUCGAGAAAAGGGGAGGAUCCGUCCCCAAUCCUUCGCCAAUCGCAUCCGUUCAAAACGUGUGGCCGCUAUCGAGCUUUCCAACCGCAAGGAAAUCGUCAGCCCUCACAGAGGCGCUGUCAACACUCUCCAGGUUGAUUUGACGGAGGGGCGAUAUCUAUUAUCUGGUGCAUCUGAUGGAUCUGCUGCUGCGUUCGAUGUUCAACGUGCCACAGGUUAUGAGGGAGGUGGCCUGGUUGCAAAGCACAAACCUCUCUUUGUCAUUGACAAGCAACACCAGCAGGGACAUAAAUAUGCCAUAUCGUCUGUUGUUUGGUAUCCCAUCGACACAGGUCUUUUCAUUACAGCUUCAUUUGACCAUUGCAUCAAUGUCUGGGAUACAAAUACAACUCAAGUGGUAAUGAAUUUCAAAAUGCCAGGAAAAGUUCAUGGGACAGCCAUGUCUUCACUUGCUGCAUCUCACAUGCUAAUUGCUGCUGGAACUGAAGAUGUUCAGGUUCGUCUGUGCGAUAUUGCUUCUGGGGCAUUCACUCAUACGUUGUCUGGUCACCGUGAUGGAGUAAUGGCUGUUGAAUGGUCUACAUCUAGUGAGUGGGUUUUGAUGACUGGGGGGUGUGACGGCGCAAUUCGUUUCUGGGACAUUCGACGUGCUGGUUGUUUUCGUGUUUUAGAUCAGUCUCUAUCUCAACUUGGGAGACGGCCACCUCUUCUCGAGAAAACUCCAAAAAAAGGGCUUGCAUCACAGUCGUCGCUAGCAAGCCAGUCUUCUUCUGUAAAGGCCAGGAUACCACAGAAAAGAACGGGUUUUGGCAGCAGUUCCAAACAUUUCCCAACCCUCUUCAAAGGUCAAAGUCAAUCCAAGGGACACCCCGGGUUGAUGUCCAAUCGUGACCGUGCAACAGCUCAUUAUGGUGCUGUGACUGGGCUGAAAGCAACACCAGAUGGCAUGUAUUUGCUUAGUUCAGGAUCGGAUUCAAGAAUAAGGUUGUGGGAUAUUGAAUCUGGUUGCAACACAUUGGUGAAUUUUGAAGCCACACGGCUGCAAACUAGCAAAGGAAUACAGCUUGCUGUUGCUGGAGACUCAUCACUCGUUUUUGUUCCAUGUAUAUCUACUGUCAAGGCAUUUGAUGUGUGGUCUGGUAGGACGUCCCGCACAUUUCGCGGCCACUAUGAAUGUGUUAACUGUUGCUGGUUUAGUUCACAGGAUCAGGAGUUGUACACAGGGAGCAAUGACAGACAGAUUCUUGUCUGGUCUCCAUCCUGUUUGGAUGCAGAACUGGAAGGAGCAGUGGAAGGACAGAUGUUAUCGUCAGACUGUGAUAACUGGAGCGACUGAAAGGGAUGGUUUCUGUCCCUUCCAUGUAAAAAUUACCACAUUCUGCUUGCUUGUUUUUACUUUGCUGUGUUUUUCCUCAGACACAUGACCCUUUUCCUUGCCUAUUCAUUUACUUAUGUAAUCUUCUGCUUUGCUGCUGCUGAAUUUAAUAUUUGAACAUCUC